AUGAGAGUGACCUGUCCUUGUGGCAAGAUCUGUAAGAACCUGAGAGGUCUGAGGAUCCACCAGACCAGGAUGGGCUGCACAAAGAGGAAGCAGCGUGAGCAACGCACAGAGCCAAUGCCCAGCAUUGAACCUGGUGAGACGGAGGAGGAGCAGGACCCGGAGCAACCCUACAGUGUCCAGAACCUCCAUGCUUCACAGGCUGUACCUAGCAGGCCAUCAGAACAUCGCCAGGUCUUAUGGCCUGCAGCAAACAAGGAGACUGAAUGGCGGCAGUUGGAUGAAGAUGUCGAUGCCACCCUAGAAGCAGUUUCCAAGGGGGGAGUCAGCCAGCGACUCCAGCUGAUGUCUUCUCUGAUCAUCAGCAUUGGCACUGAGAGAUUUGGCAUCAAACAACCAAAGACCAAGAACCCUUCUAAGCCAAACCGACGCGAAGCUAGGAUUAGCCAGCUCAGGAAAGAACUGAAGGCCCUUAAACAUCAGUACAGGAAAUCAGGAAAUCAGGAGGAGGAAAGGCCAGCCCUGGUAGAGCUUCGCAGCAUCUUAAGGCAGAAGCUCAUUUCUCUCCGACGUGCUGAGUGCCACAGGAAAAAGGGAAGGGAGAGGGCCCGCAAGCGCACUGCCUUUGUAGCAAACCCGUUUGGAUUCACUAAACGGCUGCUAGGGCAGAAGCAGAACGGGACCUUGGUCUGCCCAAAAGAGGAGAUGGAUCAACACCUUUGUGACACAUACAGUGACCGUAGGAGAGAGGAAGAGCUUCCCCCCUGCAGAGAACUUAUUAUACCACCAGACCCCUCCGUCCAAUUCAACAUCAAAGAGCCCACCCUGGCAGAAGUCAGGGACGCAGUGAGAGCUGCUCGGACCAGUGCAGCCCCAGGGCCGAGUGGAGUGCCAUACAAAGUCUAUAAACACUGCCCGAGACUCCUUGAGAGGCUAUGGAGACUCAUCAAGGUGGUAUGGCGAAGGGGGAAAAUAGUGGAUCAGUGGCGAUAUGCUGAUGGUGUCUGGAUACCGAAGGAGGAGAACGCAGGCAACAUCUCACAGUUCCCUACCAUCUCUCUGCUGAGCGUGGAAGGCAAAAUCUUUUUCAAGAUUCUUGCUAACCGGCUAACUGAGUACCUCCUGAGGAAUGCCUACAUUGAUACAUCAGUGCAAAAGGGAGGAGUCCCGGGCAUGCCAGGCUGUUUGGAGCACACAGGUGUUGUCACCCAGCUGAUACGGGAGGCAAGGGAGAACCGAGGGGACACAGCAGUCAUAUGGCUUGACCUUGCCAAUGCCUAUGGAUCCAUUCCACACAAGCUUGUGUCAACAGCUUUGACGACAUACCAUGUGCCAGAGAAGAUCAAUGAACUCAUUUGGGACUAUUACAGCAAUUUUAGUCUGAGAUUCACCUCUGGGUCGGUAACAUCAGCAUGGCAUCGAUUGGAAAAAGGCAUCAUCACUGGUUGUACUAUUUCAGUGGUGCUGUUUGCCCUAGCGAUGAACAUGAUGGUCAAAGCAGCAGAAGUGGAAUGUAGGGGACCAUUGUCCAGAUCGGGCAUUCGCCAACCUCCGAUUCGAGCCUUCAUGGAUGAUCUGACAGUCACAGCAACAACAGUGACAGGAUGCCGUUGGCUUCUGAGAGGGUUAGAGAGGAUCAUCACUUUGGCGAGAAUGAUGUUCAAGCCUGGGAAAUCUAGGUCGCUGGUCCUGAGGAAAGGUAGAGUGGUGGAGAAGUACCGCUUCAACUUGGAUGGUGUCCUCAUUCCAUCAGUUUCAGAGAAGCCUGUGAAGAGCCUGGGGAAGAUAUUUGACAGCACCCUGAAAGACAAGGCAGCAGUCCAGUCUACACAGGCAGAGCUCAAGAGCUGGCUCUCAGCAGUGGAGAAGUCAGGACUUCCAGGAAAGUUCAAGGCCUGGAUAUAUCAACAUGGUAUUCUGCCAAGAAUCCUGUGGCCACUGCUGAUAUAUGAAGUCCCAAUAACCAUCGUGGAGGGCUGGGAGCGUAACAUCAGUCAGUACCUGCGAAGGUGGCUGGGCUUGCCAAAGAGCCUAAGCAGCAUUGCCCUUUAUGGGCAUACCAACAAGUUGCAGCUUCCUUUCACUGGUCUGACAGAGGAGUUCAGAGUCACCAGAGCCAGGGAGGUGCUGCUUUACAGAGACUCAGCGGACAACAGAGUCUCCUCUGCAGGCAUCACUGUCAGAACUGGAAGGAAGUGGAAAGCACAGGAGGCAGUUGAACAGGCUGAAGCGAGGCUGAGGCAUGGUAUCUUGAUUGGCUCAGUGGCGGUCGGACGGACUGGGCUUGGUAGCUAUGCAAGACCACGCUACGAUAAAGCCCAGGGAAAAGAAAGACGUCAGAUGGUCCAGGCAGAGAUCCGUGCAGGGGUGGAGGAGGAACGCCGAAGCAGGGCUGUGACCAUGCGCCAACAGGGAGCCUGGACUAACUGGGACAAUGCAUCGGCAAGGAAGAUCACUUGGGCAGAACUUUGGAAGUCAGAGCCAGCAAGACUUAAGUUUCUGAUCCAGUCGGUGUAUGAUGUCCUCCCGAGCCCAUCCAACCUGUAUUGCUGGGGGCUAGCAGAAACACCAGCAUGCCCGCUGUGCCUGGGUCGAGGUUCCCUAGAACAUAUUUUAAGCUGCUGCCCUAAAGCCCUGGGAGAGGGGAGAUACACUUGGCGCCACGACCAGGUGCUGAAAGCAAUAGCAGAUGCCGUCUGCUCCGGAAUUAAGGAGAGUAAGCAUCAACUCCCACAAAAGCGCAGCAUCACCUUCAUCAGGGCAGGGGAGAAACCUCACGUGGUUCACAAGGUCUCUUCUGGGCUACUGACAACAGCUUAUGACUGGCAGUUGAAAGCAGACCUUGGGAGACAGCUGAAGUUCCCAGAGCACAUUGCAAGAACAUCACUCAGGCCUGACCUGGUCUUAACAUCUGAGUCUACCAAGCAAGUAGUGCUGCUGGAGCUCACAGUUCCCUGGGAAGAUCGGCUGGAGGAGGCCCACGAACGGAAGAAGGCCAAGUAUCUGGAGCUGGUAGAGACCUGCAGAGACAAUGGCUGGAGGACCCGCUGUGAGCCAAUUGAGGUGGGCUGUAGGGGAUUCCUAGGACAGUCUGUGCACCGUGCAUUCAAGCUCCUUGGUAUCAGAGGGUUGCUAGAGAAAAGAGCCACCAGAAACAUCAGUGAAGUGGCUGAAAAAGCCUCAAGGUGGCUGUGGAUCAAGAGGGGAGAUGGAUGGAGUAGCGCGCUGCUUGAACACAAACCGGGGAUUGAUCACCCUCGGUUGGGUCGCCCAGGUGAUGGUGUCUGA